GAGGAUGACAACAGAGAAUUUCCCUAAUCAUUUUCAGAAUUUCAGCAGACUUCAUGUGAAACAUAUUGUUUCUGACAUUUGUCAUUUCAUAGGUAGAAGUAGUCAGAGAAAUAUGGGGGCUGUAUAUGGUAGUAUAACUCCUGCCAAGACUGUCUGCAUAUGAUGUGUCUUUUGUCCACUGAGCCUGCCGUGGGCUGUAAGCCACGCCCCGAUCUAGCGCAGCUCUGCUCCUCCCCCAUUUUUUACGUCUAUGCCAUCCUACCGCUCUCUUUUCCUUUAUUCCUUCCACUGCUGCUUGAUGGCUCAUUCAUGCCCUUCCUUUGGUGACCAAUGUGCCUGGGCUAAAGAGGGAAAAUUUAAAAAAAAAGGAUUGGAAAAAGAGCAGAAGCAAUCCACAGAUGCGUGGGAUGGAAAAGCAUCCGGGUUCUUUGUGUGCAAAUCCUCAUUAUCUGUGCCUCCACUGCCGUGUCAUCCCUGUGUUUGCUUUCCGCAUGUGUACCUCCCCCCAUACCAUAAAGCUGGCUGCUGAUGCUGUCUUGUGAUGCUUGAGUGGAAGUCACGUUACGCUGAAUGAGAUUUGAGGAGCUUUACUAUCUGAGAAUGCAAAGGGGGAGAGAAAGGAUGGAGAGACAAAAGGUGGCAGAGCACAAUCAGUGUAAGAAGAAGUUGAGAGUGUGUGUGGCGACAUGCAACAGAGCAGACUACUCCAAGCUGGCCCCCAUCAUGUCUGGGAUCAAAUCCCACCCUGAUGAGUUUGAAAUGGAAGUCGUGGUGCUUGGUUCACAUCUCAUCGAUGACUACGGGAACACUUUCCGUAUGAUCGAGCAGGAUGACUUUGAUAUCGGCUCCAAGCUCCAUACCAUUGUGAGAGGAGAGGAUGAGGCAGCCAUGGUGGAGAGUGUUGGCCUUGCACUGGUAAAACUCCCUGACGUCCUGCAGAGGCUGCGCCCUGACAUCCUGAUCGUCCACGGUGACCGUUUUGAUGCACUCGCUCUGGCCACGGCUGCGGCGCUGAUGAACAUUAGAAUACUCCACUUGGAGGGAGGAGAGGUGAGUGGUACAAUUGAUGACUCAAUCCGCCACGCCAUAAGCAAACUGGCCCAUUACCACGCCUGCUGCACGCGCAGGGCAGAGCAGUACCUCAUCGCCAUGUGUGAGGACCACUCUCGCAUCUUGCUGGCUGGCUGCCCUUCAUAUGAUAAGCUGCUGUCAACUCACUAUAGAGAGGACUACAUGGAUAUUAUCAAGAGCUGGCUGGGUGACAACGUGCAGGAGCAUGAAUAUAUUGUGGCUUUGCAACAUCCGGUCACCACAGACAUCCAGCACUCCAUUAAGAUCUAUGGACUGAUGCUGGAUGCCUUACUCUCCUUUAACAAGAAGACUCUCAUCCUCUUCCCUAACAUUGACGCCGGUAGUAAGGAGAUGGUACGCGUGAUGCGGAAAAAGGGCAUCGAGCAGCACCCCAACUUUAGAGCAGUGAAGCACAUUCCCUUUGAGCAGUUCAUCCAGCUGGUCUGCCACGCCGGCUGCAUGAUCGGAAACAGCAGCUGUGGAGUGCGUGAGGCAGGGGCCUUCGGCACGCCUGUCAUUAACCUGGGAACAAGGCAAACUGGCAGAGAGACGGGUGAAAAUGUUCUACAUGUCAGGGAUGCUGAUACUCAAAAUAAAAUCUACCACGCUCUGGAGCUGCAGUUUGGAAAGCGAUACCCCUGCUCUAAGAUUUACGGAGAUGGCAACGCGGUGCCUCGUAUUCUUAAGUUUCUCCGUUCCAUUGACCUGGACGAGCCCCUCCAGAAGACCUUCUGUUUCCCGCCUGUGAAAGACUCCAUCUCCCAGGACAUCGAUCACAUCCUGGAGACACAGAGCGCUCUGUCCAUUGACCUGGGUGGGACCAACCUCAGAGUGGCUAUCGUCUGCAUGAAGGGUAAUAUAGUAAGGAAGUACACUCAGCCCAAUCCAAAAACCUUUGAGGACAGGAUGAAGCUAAUAUUAAAGAUGUGUGCUGAUGCCAUGCGGGACGCUGUCGGUCUCAACUGCAGAAUACUCGGUGUCGGAGUGUCCACUGGUGGGCGUGUAAACCCACAAGAAGGCGUGGUCCUACACUCGACAAAGCUGAUCCAGGAAUGGUCCUCAGUGGAUCUGAGAACGCCCAUCUCUGAUGCCCUGCACCUACCCGUCUGGGUCGACAACGACGGCAACUGCGCUGCAUUGGCUGAGAGGAAGUUUGGUCAUGGCAAAGGAGUGGAGAACUUUGUGACGGUCAUCACGGGAACAGGUAUUGGAGGAGGGAUUAUCCAUCACAGUGAGCUGGUCCACGGCAGCACCUUCUGUGCCGCAGAGCUGGGUCACAUCAUGGUUUCAUUAGAAGGCCCGGAGUGUUCAUGUGGCAGUCACGGAUGCAUAGAAGCCUACGCGUCUGGCAUGGCCCUGCAGAGAGAGGCCAAAAGGCUGCACGAUGAGGACCUGCUGAAGGUGGAGGGGAUGGAUAUGAAGCUUUCAGAGCCAAUCACUGCUGCCCAUCUCAUCAACGCAGCCAGACUGGGGAACUCCAAAGCUGAUGCUGUUCUGAACAAGGCCUCCACAGCUCUCGGUGUGGGCAUCGUCAACAUCCUCCACAUAGUGAAUCCCUCGUUGGUGAUUCUGUCUGGAGUCUUGGCCUCUUACUACCAGGCCCCUGUGCAGCGAAUCAUCACUGAAAGAGCCCUCUUCUCUGCCCAGAGCAUCAAAGUUGUCACAUCAGACUUGGAGGAGCCUGCAUUACUUGGAGCUGCUAGCAUGGUGUUAGACUAUGCAACCAGAAGGACAUAUUGAAGGAUAUAGUCCUGAUUUCCUAAGGACCACUACCUACCACAUGACUGCAAAACUGAAAGGAAAGUUGUACCUGUACUCCCUACAUAACUGCAUAAGCAUCUAAGGGAUACAUUUUGAAAAGUGAAAGACAGUGUGUUAGAAGCAUCAAGUUAAGGAUGAUAUUUUUUUGUAAUUUCUUUUUUAAUUUCCUGCUUGUUGAUAACCUUGAUUAAUGCAGUCUUACUUGUGUUCUCCACAAAAGUAAAAAUUCCCAAGCCUAUGGGAAUCAUGCCUUCACUGGGUCAGAUGCUGGCCAGAGUAUACCCCUGGUACUUCAUGUAUGAAGUGGGUCAGUUGCACGGGCCAGAAAUCCCACUUGUCUUUCGUACUUACGUAGGCGAGGUUUAAUGAAGCCCCAGGCUUUUCUGAGCAAAGCAUGAGCUUUAAAAUAAGCUACAAAGCCAUCUCGAAGCCAAAAUGGCCCAUACAAGACUGGACUCACCCACUUUAUUUGCAGUAUGAUGUGUUUUUUAAUGGAAAAGUUUAUUUCAGAUGUGACCAAAAAUGUUGCUGAAACAUGCUCCUGUAGCUCCCUCUCUGUUCUCUCUAAAUGCUUGCUUUCUCAGUGUUCUUUGUAUCUUAUAUGGAGUCAGAAUUUCUAUCCCUUUUUCAGAUAAGGUUGACUGUCUAGUUAUUACCUUAAAUUUCCAUGUUUUAUUAUUAAUUUAAUUAUUUAAGGUGUUGGCAAAAAACAGAAGUGCUUUAAGAAGGUUAGUAUAGUUGGUGGUCUUAGAGGUUUGAGGGGAAAAAUAUCGUAUAUUUGUAAAAAAUCAGUAUAAAUGCUAUACUGGCUCAUAUAAAAAAAAAUGUUAAGGCUGCAAUUGUUUUAACCUCAUUGCUGCUACGCUAUGAUGACGGCCUGACGGUGAAUCUUUUGCCUGAGGUGGAAUUUUUUUUUUUAUUAUUUUGUUUUUUAUUUCACUACCACGUCCCUUAUGAAGAUUUUUAUCAGAAUUUGAAGCGAGUUUUCUUCACGCCUUUCAAAGACAUAUUUUGUCUCUGUUUAUGGGGUUUGUAUGUAAUAUUACAUACUGUAUUGUACAUUUUCUGCUAUUUGAAAAUUUUGGAUACAUUUUAUGUAACUUAAUU